GUUAGCUUUGCAACACUAUCAAAAAUUAAUUUUGGAUUGUUCUUAUUCUCCUCAAUUAAGUUGGAAAAUAGGAUGAUCAAGCAACGGUGAGGGCUCUUCGAUACUGCACGAUACUGUCUUUCCAAGCUUGUCUGAAGACUUCCAGUUUGGUGUUGCUCCAAUUUCGUUCCAAUUUUCUGGAUGCUUCAGUGCUCGGGUAUUUUCUGUAUACCAGGGAGCUAGUUUCUUAUGACAAAUGUUUUUUGUUUUUGUACCAUUCAGAGGGGGAAUGGGCAGGCCAAAAUAUUUAAGUGACUUUCAACGGGGUAUGGUACUAGGUGCCAGGCUCACCGGUUUGUGUCAAGAACUGCAAUGCUGCUGGGGUUUUCACACUUAAGUUUCCCCUGUUUAUCAAGAAUGGUCCAAUACCCAUUGGACAUCCAGCUAACUCCUUUCAAAAAAUCCUGACCAAAGUAUCACAUCUUCAUCUAAUCAUCAAAAAAACGUCUGUACUUAUUUGUAACCAGAUGGUCUUCUCAAUCACAAAACCAGUUUCCAACCAGAAAAUUGUCAUUAAGAUAUAAUGUGCCAAAUUUUGCACACUGGGAUGGGAAUCUGAUAGAGAGCGGGUAGGAGAAAGUUAGAGCGCGACUGUGUGAGGGAGUCAAAUACACCUUUCAAACCAAUACGUUUUUCCACCAACUAUUGCUAUUGCUAUUGUCGGCAACAAAGCCUGUACUUUUUUUCCCCCGGCAACCGACCUAGUCAUGAUUGUGCUAAAGUUCUGCAUACGGCUUAGUAUGAACAUAGUCGUGAAUCUUAUGGGAAAUAAGUAAGUCAGUGCUGAAACUGCUGUGUUGUGGGCGGGCUUCCACACAAUCUGUCCUCCUUUAACUGCCACCCUUCUAAUGGGCUGAUAUAUUGAUCAUUAGCCAGGAGAGCGAUUGGGGGAGAGAUGGACAGAGGGGUACAGUUAAAUUUAAAGAGCUGAGAGAAUGGAGAGAUACCAUGAGAUGGAUACAGUUGAGAGAACCGAAAGAGGGAAUGAAGAAAAGUGCUUCCUCUCCUUUUGAAAGGUACUGUAUAAAAGCUAUAACAACUGAAGUCCCGAUUCACCAAUAGCCUCAUUUGUCAAAAACACUUCUCAAACAAAUUGCGCUAUUGUGUCAAAGGACUUCAUGACAAGUAGCGCAAGUCAGUCCAAUACUCCCUUUGUUUGUUGGGUGUUAGCUAAUAGCUACUCAAGCCCAGUUUGAACUAUAAACGAAUUAUACUUCCUCCAACCAUAUGAGCGCUGGGUUGUGUUCAUUAGGUCAUGCAACGGAAAAUGUUUUCAAACCAAAUGCAAUAUUUCUUAUUGGGCAAGUCCAGGUACUCCCUCCCUGUUUCGGUCUGUUUUCUUCCAUUUUAAUAAACACAAUCCAGGCAUAUAGAGUUGGCAACCGAUGUUGAGGCAGCGUUGCCAGGAGACUGUAACCAUUAGCCUCUCCUCAAAAUGUCCCUAGAUUUUGGCAACCACUCACCCCACCCACUUUACAUUUCUUACAGCUUCAACGUUUAUGCUGCUAUUUUCUGCCCACUUUCCUCCAUAGAAAAUGUUUAAAUGAGAAUGACAUGAUCAAAACAUGCAAUUUAAUAUGAGAUUGUUAUCAACAAUGCAUUUACAACUCAUAUAACAUGUCCAUAUGAAUUGACAAGGCAUUGAUUAUGUCAUCAUUGGAAGUGGUCCCCUCAGUGUAAAUUGGUUAUGCAUUUCUCCGCUAUUACAUGUGAAGUUGCAGUCAUCUUAUUUCAACAUAUUUGUGAAUAUUUGAUUUCUGGUAUUUCUGGAUUAUUAUUAGCCUGUGCUUGUCCAUUUAUCUAGCAUGGUGUGCGUGUGUGUGUGUGUUUUACAUUUAGUGACCUCUCCCCCAAUCUUCAUGGUACCAGAAAGAGCUCAAAAGUUUUCUUGAUUUACUUCCUUCCAUUUUUUCCCUCUGUGUGAGCAUAGCGCAUUGAGUGGUACAACAGAAUUGAGAGAAAGAGAGGCUGGUUCUGAAACUAUGAAACCUCCUCCAGUAGGCGUGAUGGUGGAUCAUCUGAAGUGCAAAAAACGACCGAAUUUCCUGUAUGAGAAAGUCUCCUCUUACGCAGCAUCAGAGACCGAACCGUUGGAGAAGUUGAACGCGCUAUUUUGUAAAGGCGUAAUAGUUUGGUUAUUACACAGUCAAUUUACCCUAGUCAUAUAAUCAUAUAACUACUUUAGCGUUAACCUCUCGGGGAAGAACAAAACAGGCGGAUAUUUGAAGUACCUGCUUGACAGCUACAAGCGUUAAACCUUUAUAAGGAUUUAUCAUACUGGAGAGGAAGGGAUCCGAUUCUCACCAUGUCCAGAGUCGCGGAUCUGUCAAAAAUUCGACAAGAAAGAAUGAGAGAGAUUAGUUUACGGAAUAAGGAGAAAGAGCGCAUGAGGGAGAGGGAGAAAGAGGCACGGGACAGGGAGGCGCGCUACAGCAAUGGGCACCUCUUCACCUCCCUCACAGUGUCGGGGACCACCCUCUGUUCAGCAUGCAACAAGAGCAUCACUGCCAAGGAGGCCCUCAGCUGCCCCACUUGUAGUGUCACCAUACACAACCGCUGCCGAGACACGUUGCCCAACUGUGCCAAAAUGAAACAGAGGCAACAGAAGAUGGCUCUCAUGAGGAACAACUCAGCUCUGCAGAACGUGACCCUUCGUACCAAAACCCCCAUGAUGAGGGAACGCCCCAGCUCAGCCAUCUACCACUCUGACAACCUCCGCCAAUCCCUGCUGGGCUCGCGCCGUGGACGCUCCGGUCUUUCCCUCUCCAAGAGCGUCUCCACCAAUAACAUUACAGGGAACCUGAAUGAUGACUCUCCCUUGGGGCUGCGCAGGAUCCUGUCCCAGUCCACAGACUCGCUCAACUUCAGGAACAGAGCCAUGUCCAUGGAGUCGCUCAAUGAUGAGGGGGAAGAGUACUACACCUCCAUGCUAGAGGAAAUGGAGAUUGAGGGGCGGGAUUUUGAGGCGGACUCAUGGAGCAUGGCGGUGGACUCGGGCUACCUGCAGACGCAUCGCAAAGACAUCAUCAAGCGGCAGGACGUCAUCUAUGAGUUGAUCCAGACAGAGCUGCACCAUGUGCGGACGCUGCGCAUCAUGGAGAGGGUGUUCCGCCAGGGCAUGCUGGAGGAGGUGCAGCUUGAGCCGGGCGUGGUGCACGCCAUCUUCCCCUGCCUCGACCGUCUCACCGCCAUACAUGCCCGCUUCCUGGCACAGCUGCUCACCCGGCGCAACCACAGCCUACAGCCUGGCAGCACCUACAACUUCACUAUCCAUCAGCUGGGAGAUGUGCUACUGGAACAGUUCUCGGGCCAGUGUGCUGACGAGAUGAGGAAGACCUACGCUGAGUUCUGCAGCCGCCACCUGAAGGCUGUCAAGCUGUACAAGGAGCUGCUGGCCAGAGACAAGCGGUUCCAGUACUUCAUACGGCGGGUGUGUCGGGGUCACCUGUUGCGUCGCCAUGGCGUCCAGGAGUGCAUCCUGUUGGUCACUCAGCGUAUCACCAAGUACCCCGUACUCAUCCAGCGUAUCCUUGACAACACCAAGGACAAUGAAGAGGAGGCCUCCUGUCUGGCCCAGUCUCUGACUCAGAUCAGGGAGCUACUCACCUCAGUGGACCAGCAGGUGAUGGAGCUUGAGCGGACCCAGAGGCUGCAGGAGAUCCGGGCCAGGCUGGACCCUCGCGCCGAGGCCAAGGUGAGGGACGGUGGCCUGUUCAGAGGAGGAGAGUUGCUCCGCAGGAGACUCAUCCAUGAGGGAAUGCUGCUCUGGAAAACCCCUGGGUCUAGGCUCAAAGAUGUGCAGGUCCUGCUGAUGACAGACAUCCUAGUGUUCCUACAGGAGAAAGACCAGAGGUUCAUCUUCCCUUGUCUAGACAAGUCUCCGGUCCUCUCCCUGCAGAACCUCAUGAUUAGGGAGAUAGCCAAUCAGGAGCGAGGGCUCUUCCUCAUCAGUGACUCCUCUCCUCCGGAGAUGUAUGAGGUCCAUGCUGCCUCGAAAGAUGACAAGAACACCUGGAUACGCCUCAUACAACACACUGUCAGGAGUUGUCCUUCCAGGGAAGAGUUCCCACUCAUAGAGACUGAAGACAAGGCCCUUCUGAGACGACUGAAAGCGGACAUCCAGCAGAAGGACCGGGAGGUGCUGGAGCUGCUCCAGGAGCGAGUCACCCUGUUCUCGGACCUGGCCGAGGUGACAGGGGGCCAGGAGAUCAUGCUGCCGGGGGGCCCCAACUCCCGGAACCUGUUCCGGGCUGACAUGCCCCAGGUGCCGCUCGGCGAGAGACUGCUUACGGACGCCAUCGCAGAGGUGGAUAGGCUGAGUGAGCUACUGCUGGGCUCCACCUUUGCAGUGCCUCUGCCCUGCAGUUUCAACGGUCACCCGAACCACACGGGAGCACUAGUGAUCAAUGGCCAGGAGGUGGUUCUCAAUGGAAUGCACGGGUGCCCAGCAGCAAAGGACUGGAAUGGGAAUCAGGCUGGAGAUAGGCCCUCAACCGAGGAAGUGUAUCAGAGGCUGGUCAACCUUAGUGCCCACCUUCAUGCCCUCCAGGGCACUGUGAUCAAGCAGGACUCCAUCCUGGAGCUCUGCCUGCGCUCUGAUGGCCCGCCAGUUGAUGCCCCGACCACGCCCACCGGACGGGUGUGGCGCUCCCUGUCACGUGACGCAGGCAUGGCCGAGGCCAGCACGGGGGCGGCCAUUGGGGAGCUGGCCCUGCUCCAGAGGCAGCACAGCCUCCUGCAGGAGGAGCUGGGUAGGCUGAGGGGGGCCGAUGGCCGCCUGAGGGAUAGCGAAAAAGCCCGAGCCCAGCUGGAGAGGCAGGUCCGCGACAUGAAGGUCCACAGUACCACCGUGUUUGACAGUGUGGGACCUGCAGGCUCAGAGCAGGCUCCACCCCUUCGUAAAGCAAGUGAAACCAACGCGGACACCAAAUUGGCCAGCCAAGAGUCAAUCGAGCAUUCGGAGGGGCAUCAGGAUGGCAGUGAUGUGGAGGUGGAGGUGACGUCAGAUGAGGAGGAGGAGGAGGAGAAGGAGGCCAAAGCGUCACCGCGCUCGGAGAGUCCCCGAGAUCUUCAGGACAUUCCAGAGGAGAGCGAAGCCACAGCAGAACUACCACGAGAGCCUGACGUGUCACAUUGCUAAUGACCCUCCAGAAACAAAGACUGGACCCCACCUCCCCUACUCUCAAAAAUAGGCCGAAGAGAACAAGAGAACUGAACUUGAAAUAGUCUUCCUCUUUUUACACUAAAAAGGAAGUAUCAUAUUAAUUUUCAAAUAUAGAUCUAUAUAUUUGUUCUGUGGCUUUAGCUUUACAGUACACGACCAGUGGCAAUAUGUGACUUUACAUUAUAUUCUUUUGUAUUUCUUGCUUGGGAUUAUUUGGAUAUGUACUGCUCCAUUUUGGAAUCGAUGCUGGACCAAUGAGGGCCUAUUAGAGUGGCGUGAAUAACAGGAAGGGAGUUAUGCAAUGAUGAUAUUCCAAAGAAGAAUAUGCAAGAAAUUGACAGCAAAUAUAAAAGCAGUGAAUGGAUAACCAAAUCUGAUGGGCUUUUGUCUAUUUAGGUGAAUGGAAUACUGAAUUAAUGACAUUGAUUGGAUAGCUGCUAUUGUGCAUUAGGAUGUUGGAUGCGGACGUAUGUAGGUGGCUGUUUGUGCUGGGACACACACAGAAACACAAAUAUGACACACAGACACAAACAUGCACACAAACACACACACAGUCAUACGUGCUCACACACACACUUGAGUCCUUUACAUUUCCAUAAUUAGGGUGAUCUUAUUCUCAACGCUGUUUAUGAUGCUAAUGAUUUGUUUAUUUAUUCUUCCGUCCUUCAUUAUUUAAGCAGGUAAGUUAAGACCUCAAGCAUUAGUGACUGUAUAAGAAGUAGAGGUAGCACUAUAUUUUACUCUAAUUCUCAUGUUUUUAUUUAGAAACCUUGGGGAUUCUUUGUCUCAAAUAUAGGGAAGUGACAAUUUAACAAUUCAUUUCAAGUAGUUACCAGAAUGCAUUUUGCAGUUACCAUGUAGUUACUAAGUAAAUACCUGGCAAUAAGGGAGAAUGAAAUAAAGUUUUAUCUAAAUGGACAAAAGAAUGCAUCACUACAGGUGCAUCGACAUAUAAGCAGUGUAGUUUAAAAGUUGAACUCCAAUGGACUUGGUCGACUAUAUAUAAAAAAUAAAAAAAAGCUGUCAAUAUUGCUUUGGUUUUCAUCUUUACAAAGAAAAGGCCAAGACGUUGGAAAAUGGAACAAGGACAAUGCACCAUGUCAUCCAUUUUGAGAUGCCUUGAGGGAUAGGGGAAUUCAACUUUUUUGCCAACAAGGAAAUAUAAAAUGGAGUCUUCUCUGUUAAGGACUAAACCAGUGACUUUGGAGACUAUUUUUGAGCAACGGACAGCCGAGCAACCAUUAUAUUUGCCUUUACAUUGUUUUGAAACUAAAAUGCUUUAAUUGACACUUUCUUGUUGUAAUUUCUUGUCAUCUGUUAAUUUGACUCUUGUACCAUAUUUUGUUGGCUUGCAGACUGUAUAAAUUUGGCUGAAAAUGACAAAGGCAAUGAUUUUGUGUAUGUCUUUGAUGAGGAAACUACUGUAUUCAAUUGCGGUUUACAGAAAGCCAUACUAAAGAUAUGAAUGUCAAAUCCAAAAGUUCUGCCUCCAGUUGUUUUAAUAUUAAAGUUAUAGUGUCAAUAGGCA